AUGUUGAGGAAAGCAAAGAACCGCAUUAUGGCGUGGGCUGGCGCAAGCACAUGCGCCAUGCGACCGGGGGCCUGUGCAGGCACAGAGCCAUGUCUGGAAGCGGCAGAGAACCUGCCACACUGGUUCUACAUCGACCCGUCGUUUUCGCUUGAGCAGCAUGCCGCAGUCGAGGAGCCCGGCAGCUAUCUGGAAACCAGCUCCGAUUUUUCUCCUGGCCGGGAUUGUAGAGGGCGGCCCGUGGACUUUCUAGCCGGGCUUUUGGUUGUCGUACACGUGCUUUUUCCAAGAAGGCUUUCGCUGCGCUGGUUAUUGCGCUUUCUGCGCCCCGGCCUGCGGGCAAAGGCAGUUAGAGAUGCAUAG